AUGGCCAAGAAGGAAGAAGCAACGGGUAGGAGAGACAAUUAUGUCGUAAAAGUAGGAAUGGUGGGUGACUCACAGAUCGGUAAAACGAGUCUGAUGGUAAAGUAUGUUGAAGGUCUAUUUGACGAAGAUUAUAUUCAGACCUUGGGCGUUAACUUUAUGGAGAAGACUGUCUGUAUCAGAAAUACUGACAUUACCUUCAGCAUAUGGGACCUCGGUGGUCAAAAAGAAUUCGUAAACAUGCUUCCCCUAGUCUGUAACGAAGCAGUAGCGAUUCUCUUCAUGUUUGAUCUAUCCCGUGAAGCCACUCUCAACUCUAUCAGAGGAUGGUACCGUCAGGCCCGCGGGUUCAAUAAAUCAGCUAUUCCUUUCCUUAUCGGGACUAAAUACGAUACCUUUGCGGGUUUUCCCAAAGAAAAACAAGAGGAAAUUACCAAACAGGCCAGGAGAUUUGCACGGGCAAUGAAAGCACCAUUAAUUUUCUCAAGCACGUCGUGUUCAAUUAAUAUUCAAAAAAUAUUUAAAAUUGUACUGAGCAAGGCAUUUAAUCUGAAAUGUACCAUCCCAGAAGUCAAAGAGAUGGGUGCGCCAAUAUUGGAGUAUACAAUGUUUUAA